AUGUUAGCUGAACUCUCACUCUUUUUACUCUUUUUGGCUUGUUUAUCUGAUGGCGUGGCCGCGCAACGUCCGUAUGAUCCACGGCUCGCAGGCACUUGGACGACAAAGUCCGCGAAAGUCUUGACAGGUUUAGGAUUCUAUGAUCCGGUAAAAGAUAGAUUCAAUGAACCGUCGCAUACAGGCAUCUCAUAUUCGUUCUCAAUCAAAGGAUUCUACGAAGAGGCACACUAUAGGGCAAUGGCUAAUCCUACCCGACCCAAUUGCGCAAGGGGAAUGAUGCAGUUCCAACACGGAAAAUACGAAAUUGCAACCAACGGAUCACUGAUCCUCACACCGUUCGGCUCCGAUGGUCGACAAUUAGUCUCCAACCGUUGUGAAGGCCCAAAUGCAUAUUACUCUCGAUAUACCCAGGAGGAACUGUUCGAGAGAUACGAAGUUCUAACAGACCCCUACAGCGGCGUCGAACGUCUCAACCUCUACCAAUUCGACGGCACACCUAUGCAUCCCAUGUACCUCGUCUCGAGACAGCCGCAAAUGCUCCCGACAGAGACCCUGAAUCCAAUACAUACUGGUAAAGGGAAAGGAAAAGGAAAAAGAGAUGGUUCAGUUCUUGAAAGGAGAGAACAAGAGGGCGCGGGCUUAGGAGUGGACUUUGAAUCGUUGUUAAACAAAAAUGCAUCUGUCGACAUGGAAGGGGACAACAAUCAGUCGGGGAUGGAUACGCUUUGGUGGGUGGGUGUGUUCAUGACAGCUGUUGGUGGGCUGGUUUUGAUCUAUAAGUAA